AUGGAUCUAUUCUAUCUUGUAAUCGCUCCAAAUUAUAAAAUUGUGUUCUCAAAUUCAACCAAAAAAUCAAUAAUCAGCAGGGACAUGUUUUAUCGUGUAUUGUUGGCGCCUGGAGAUGUGGCGAUUCAUAACAUUUCAGUGGAAAGACACAAACAACCAAAAAAUACGGAGAAAUUGGAACUUGAUGUAUAUCUAGGAGGCGUGGCGAUUUGUGUUUUUAUGUUGAAGAAAUUUGGAGGGAUUUAUAAAAUCUACAAAGAAAGGCAUAUAUCAAUCAACCAGAAUUAUAAUUAUCCUUUGGAUUCUAUAAUGAUUAAUGAUACUGCAAUUGCCUGGAAUGUUGCCAGAAAUUUAACAAAAGGUUAUGAAAAUGCAGUGAGAUAUAAAAAUCUCAAAGAAAUGAGCAGAUAUUUGGUGUCACCGUAUCAUAUAACUUUUACUGAUCUUUUCAAGAAAACACACGUUCACGAGUAUUCACACAGACAUAUUUUGAAGCAGUAUAGCACAGUUAAUGGGGAGGUUCCUGUUGGAUCUUUGAUUAUCACUAGAGCGAUUUUGAAACCCAAUUCUAAUUGGCAUGUGGAAUUUGAUGCUCAUUACAACUUGAUAGAUAACACAUUUCUAGCUGUGACUUUAGGGAAUGGUUAUAUAAUUAUGUCGGAGAUACAGAAAACUUCGACUAAAAAUGAGUUGCCGAUUUUGGAUGGGUUGAAUUCUGUUGAUUAA